CUCCCUGGCUGUGUGGAAACUGCAGUCUAUUCCCUACAAUCUGCCUCAUCUGUUUCACUGUCGGAACCAGGGAUUCAUUACUAUGGGCAUGAGCGGAGCGCCACUGCCCACUUCAGUGGCAUUUCACCACCACUGAAAUAUAAACAGCUUCAGUCCUGAGCCCAGGAGCAAGCAGAUGGAGGAAGAACCAGGAAAGAUCAGCCGGCAGCAGAACCAGGGAAAGUCGGAAAAGGAGGAUGAGGGCCCCAGCAUCAGCACAGUGCAAUCCCACGGGGCUGAGGGCAGCUCUCGCUGCAUGGUCUUCACUUACUUCAAAGGAGAUAGCAACAGCAUGGUGGAGCAACACUUCACCAGAGCUCUGAAACGGGUCGGGGGUCCCAUAGACGUCAGCUCAAAACGGAAAGUUGCAAGCAUUGAGCCAAAGUCAGAUGAGAAACCCUUGGCUCACCCACACCAUUGGGAUCCUCAUGCUCCGCUCUGGCCCAGUUCACCCCAAGGUGCCAACCUGUCUGCUGUCCCCCUCAGGGCUCCAGGUGCAUCCAUCCGCGGGCCUCAGUACCAUAUAGACAGCCCCUCAAACCUGUGCCCUGAGCCUCACCAACCAUGGCUCCUACCCAGAGUGAGUAGUCAUGGCCGGGAGGACUCUAUCUUCUGCCAGCCAAUGCCUGAUCUCCAUCGAAUGAUGCCAGCUGCAAUCAACAGCUAUCAUGAUAACUCCUUCCUGGCUUCCCUGAGAGGGGAGAGCCUGCCUUCCGAAAACAGCCAGCGACACACUGCCCCAAAAACAAACCUGAACUUGGCUUGGACACAGCCUGCUCCUGGACCUGCAGAAAUGAGGCAGAGUGAGAACGUCGAUGUAGGUUUACAAGCCCCUCAGAGGAGGAAGGACAUUUACUGGUAUUAGCCUGAGCUGUCUGCCUUUCCUCGACUCCAUGUUUAUCCGUCAGCACUGUCGCACCCUUGCCCAUCGCUGCACUAUAUCAGUGAACCACUCCUUCCCAUCCAUUUCACAACACAUUGUUUCUGAACUGCUCCUUGACCUUAUGCUCCUCAUGUGCUCCUGGUGUCAACCUGAGACUGGGGUGUGCAUCUGUCAGAGAAGCAGAAGCUAUGGAUAUUUUGGGAGUGGGAUUGUUGGGGUGGAUUAGGGUUGAGUUGGUGCUGAGCGGCUAAUGGACAGUAAGCAUCAAAUCCUUCUCUCUGACUUUGCCAGGCAUUAACCUGGAAUAUUCUCCAUUCAGGGAAAUACAGAGACUCCAAUUGUCAUUUAAAGCCUUUGUAUAAGUGAAUGGGCCUUCAUUGAGGAGUUUGAUUGAUUGACUUCAGAUACUGAGAGUCCAAGGAGACCACAGGCAAUGCCUUUUCUCAAAUUAUAAAUCCGCUUCUGCAAAUGCACAACUCAGGGCCUGAAGAAAUGUGGAAACUCUUUCAAAAACUCUUCAAACAAAAACCAUCUCCAGGUGUUACACAGAAACAUUAUCCAGCAAGAUUUGACACUGACACUCGGGCAGGAAUUCCAGACUUUUGGCAGCCACAAAAUUUGGAGCAGGUUGGACCCAUGGAGCUCCGAAUUGGCCAAACUGUGAUACCAGGUUCAGGAGCUAGAAGGUAUUACAGAGAAAGGGAGGGCUGGGGCUAUGGUGGGUGUCUGAAAGGGAUAAAAAUACAUCCAAGUUGAUUAAGAAAUCUCCCCAUGAUAGAUGUGUUAUUUACUCAGAGACAGUCAUGCUUAAAUUGAAUUACAAAUAUUACUUGCUGAAAUCUCAUAAUAUUCAUUAUUUAAAGCAACAGAAGACCUCAAAACUGAAGAUUGCUGAGAAAAGACACAUCUGUUUCAAAUUUUUCCAUCUUGCCUCAUCAGGACCAUUCGCAAGAAUGCAAAACAAAAGGAAAACAACAUUUAUACUGCGUGGUGCAGGGAGAAUGCUGAUUAUUUGGCAAGUGGACUGUGAUUGGUUGAGGUGUUGCCAUGGAGAACUCUAAACUGGGUGUUUUUUCUUCAGGACAACUCUGAAGAUGGGUCAGUGGAACAUUCACUCUGUGUCUCGCUCCAUCGAUGCGGCUGAUUUUCUUCAGCACUUUCUGUGUUAAUAUUUUUCUGAUCUCAUUCUCCUGUCUAAGCUGCGUGUGUUUGACUGUGUGAUCUCAGGCUGAACAUUUACAGUCCCACAGCCCCAUCUACUGGUUCACAAGAGCUCAGGGUGUGUUACCAAAUAAUUCUCAUUUCUUGGGCAGUAUUGGAUUAAUCAACUGCUGAUAAUCUGAUAGAUAAACCAAGUGGGCGUUGGAAAUGAUCCAUGGUUUGUUUUACAUUUUUACAUUUUCUUUGGACUUUAUUUUUACCAGUUGUCAAAGGUGCAGAGCUGGGGAAACGCUCACUGCUUGUCCAUGCCUAGUUCAGUGAGGUAGUAGUUUCGUCUCCAGUUUCACUAGGUACAGGACACACUCCCAGAUCUCGAGACAUUCGGCAGGAUGCUAGGGGCUUGGGAUCUGGUGUCGUGAGGAGUUGGGGGAAGGUUGGGGAACAUCACGGAUUGUAAAUGUUUUACAGUCGGGUGGAGAGAUCUGCAUGUGAGCACUCUCUCCUGCGAUAUCCUCAAAGUAUGCCCCUGCCUGGGUCACUGCCAUUCACUAAAUCCAUCAGUCUAGACCCACCAAAUGAACUAAUUAAAUAUAUUUAUACUCUGCCUAAUGAAUCCCAACGCCAGCUUUGUUAAUGUUAUUGCUAUUCUUCGCAUGAUUUAAUCAUCCAGAACUUACUGGAUACUGCUGAUUGGAAAUGAAGAUUAAUGGGAAGAAAAGACUUGAUUUUACUAAAACCUUAUUGACUGUUGAUCCAUCAGAGGGGAACGUGGGUUUUAACCGGGCCUUUAAGAGGAAGCACCUGGUAACCUCCAGUUGGCAGAAUGUUCCGGGUAUUCUCAGGGUUUCAGGGAGACACACAGGGAACAAAAAGUCAAAGGCAAGAUGAUUCUCAUCAGUGAAGCAUCUAAGCUGCAAUUAGUUAUCUCCUCCAGUGAGGGUGUAAGUAUUGUAAAUGGCAGCAUUAUCACAAAUUGUCAGAUAUAGUCACCCGAAAUCUAUAAUAGGUCACAAUAUUGAUAUUAAAUGAAGAAUCUAUGUUUCUAUAGUCUUUUUAAAAAAGUAAUUGCCAACCAUACAGCAAUAGCCUGUUAGAGCUGGUGCACACUGUAAUCUGUACACUCAGGAUCAACUGUCCUUGGCACAUCUUCAAUCAGUACAUACCCAGUAUACACAACAUACUCAAUACUGGGUAUACCCUGGGGUACACUGUACUGGGUAUACCCAGGGCACAGUGUGCUGGGUAUACCCGGGGCACACUGUACUGGGCAUACCGGGGGUACACUGUGCUGGGUAUACACGGGGUACACUGUGCUGGGUAUACCUGGGGCACACUGUACUGGGUAUACUGGGGGUACACUGUACAGGGUAUACUGGGGGUAGACUGUACUGGGUAUACCCAGGGCACUCUGUGCUGGGUAUACCAGGGGCACCCUGCUGAGUAUACUGGGGGUACACUGUACUGUGUAUACCGGGGGCACACUGUGCUGGGUAUACUGGGAUUACACAGUACUGGGUAUACCUGGGGUACACUGUGCUGGGUAUACCCGGGGCACACAGUUCUGGCUAUGCCCAGGCCACACAGUACUGUACACAUGGUGUAGACUAAUGAACCUGAUUUUUUUG